AUGACAGCUCCCAGAAAUGGCUCCACUGGGGUUUCGGACUUCUUUCUGAAUUGUUUUGUCAGGUCGCCCAGCUGGCAGCUCUGGCUGUCUCUGCCCCUCAGCCUCCUCUUCCUUCUGGCCAUGGGGGCUAACAGUAUUCUCUUGAUCACCAUCCGACUGGAAGCCUCCCUGCACCAGCCCAUGUACUACCUGCUCAGCUUUCUGUCUCUGUUAGACAUGGUGCUCUGUCUGACCGUCAUUCCCAAGGUCCUGGCCAUCUUCUGGUUUGACCUCAGGCCCAUCAGCUUUCAUGGCUGCUUCUUUCAGAUGUACAUCAUGAAUUGCCUCUUGGCUAUGGAGUCUUGCACAUUCAUGGUCAUGGCCUAUGACCGCUAUGUGGCCAUCUGCCAUCCACUGAGAUACCCGUCCAUCAUCACUGACCAAUUUGUAGCCAAGGCUGCCAUUUUUAUUUUUGCCAGAAAUGUCUUUAUUACAAUGCCCAUCCCCAUUCUCUCAGCACGACUUCGUUAUUGUGACAGAACUGUCAUUGAGAACUGUAUCUGCGCCAAUAUGUCAGUCUCCAGGCUCUCCUGUGAUGACGUCACCAUCAAUCGUAUCUACCAGUUUGCUGCAGGCUGGACUCUGCUGGGAUCUGACCUCAUCCUCAUCUUCUUCUCUUACACCUUCAUACUUAGAGCUGUGCUGAGACUCAAGGCGGUGGGUGCCAUGACCAAGGCCCUAAGCACAUGUGGCUCCCACUUCAUCCUUAUUCUCUUCUUUAGUACCAUCCUUCUGGUCUUCGUCCUCACUCACGUGGCUAAGAAAAAGGUCUCCCCUGAUGUGCCAGUCUUGCUCAAUGUCCUCCACCACAUCAUCCCUGCAGCUCUUAAUCCCAUCGUUUAUGGAGUGCGAACCCAGGAGAUCAAGCAAGGAAUCCAGAGGUUGCUGAAGAAAGAAUGGAAAUAA